AGGUAGCCUGGGAAUACAAUCGACAAUGACGGAGGUCAAAAUCCUAAUGGUGGGACCAAAGUCGAGCGGCAAAUCUUCUCUUGCAAACUUCUUGGCAGAUGCUGUUCAGAACUGUGAAAACCCGUCCAUGGCUCCCACCAAGCCGACGGUUGGUACUAGAAUCCUGGAGUUUGAUCGAACUGUGAGGAAAGGGACAGGAUCGGUGAAUGUUUCUGUGGAGCUGUGGGAUGUGUCAGGGGAUAGGGCCUACGAAGCAGCAUGGCCGGCGAUCAUGCAUGGAGCCAUGGGAGCAAUCUAUGUGUACGACGCUGGGAACGCUGGGGAGGAGAAGGAUCUGGAUCAAUGGCACAGAUGGUUUGGGCAGAACAUGGGCUUCAAGGACAGUCAAUGUAUGAUCAUGGCACACAGAAAGUCGCAGGACGUCAAGCCGAGUAGGAGCGCGAUCCCCAAGUCACUAGCGCAGGUGCACGUGGUCUCGACGACGCUGGAAGAGAGCCAUGACCUCAUCAAAGAGGAGUUCGAUAGGUUCCUGGUUCACAUCGAGACUGCGGCGCGUGAGAUGAGACAGAAGGAGGAGCAGAGCGUUGUUGGGGAUUGAGGUGUUUGGGAGGGACCUGUGUAUACUCGAAUAACAAGCGCAUUGAAAGUA